GGGGUCCUUCACCACUGCAUGACGUCACUCAGCUUCCUCGGUCCUCGGUGGGGAAAACGUGGGGUUUUAACUUCACGUUGUGUGUUGGCUUUCCCAUCAAAAUAACGCAAGGAUCAUUAAGACCCGCUGGCACACACUGACCUGUCAAGUUGACAAGAAUGGAGUACAUGCAAGCUCCUGCCACAAGCAGCCAGGGGAAUAUCCUGUGCUGUACCUGUGGCACCCCCAUUCCUCCCAACCCAGCCAACAUGUGUGUAGCCUGCAUGCGGACCCAGAUUGACAUCUCAGAGGGGAUCCCCAAGCAAGUCACAGUGCACUUCUGCAAGCAGUGUGAAAGGUAUUUGCAGCCUCCAGCCAGCUGGGUGCAGUGUGCCCUGGAGUCCAGAGAACUGCUGGCCCUUUGCCUGAAAAAAAUUAAGAGCUCCAUGACCAAAGUGCGUCUGAUUGAUGCUGGCUUCCUGUGGACAGAGCCACACUCCAAAAGGAUUAAGAUGAAAGUGACCAUCCAGAAGGAGGUGAUGAAUGGCGCUAUCCUGCAGCAGGUGUUUGUGGUCGAGUUUGUCAUCCAGUACCAGAUGUGUGACGACUGCCACCGCGUGGAAGCCAAGGACUUCUGGAAGGCAGUGGUUCAAGUUAGGCAGAAGACCGUUCAUAAAAAGACGUUCUACUAUCUAGAACAGCUGAUCCUCAAGCACAAACUCCACCAGAAUGCCCUCAACAUUAAAGAAAUCCAUGAGGGGAUUGAUUUUUACUAUGGCUCCAAGCAGCAUGCGCAGAAGAUGGUCGACUUCCUCCAGUGCACCGUGCCCUGCAGGUCAAAGACAUCCCAGCGCCUCAUCUCUCACGACAUCCAUUCAAACACGUACAACUAUAAGAGCACCUUCUCCAUGGAGAUCGUACCUGUCUGCAAGGACAACGUCGUGUGCCUUUCACCACGGCUGGCGCAGAGCCUGGGGAACAUGGGUCAAGUGUGUGUGUGCGUCCGUGUCACCAGCACCAUCCACCUCAUCGAUCCCAACACCCUGCAGAUUGCUGAGGUGGACGGGAACACAUACUGGCGCAACCCCUUCAGCAGCCUCUGUAACCCACGGCAACUGGAGGAGUUCAUCGUCAUGGACGUCGACAUCAUCAGAAACCAGAAGCUGGGCGCCGGAGCCGGCAUAAGGUCCAAUAAGCACACCCUGGCUGAGGUGUGGGUCCAGAAGACAUCAGAGAUGGACACCAGUCAGCAGUAUUACUGCCGCACAUUCCUGGGCCAUCUGCUUAACAUCGGAGACCUGGUGAUGGGGUUCGACUUUGCCAAUUCCAACAUCAAUGAUGAAUACCUGAAUAAGAUGAACCCUCACUACGUUCCUGAUGUGGUGCUGAUCAAGAAGAGCUACGACCGCAGCAGGAGGGUGAAGCGCAGGAACUGGAAACUGCAGGAGAUGGCGAGAGACCGUGAGGGCAUGGAAUCAGAUGAUGAAAGACAAUACCAGGACUUCCUGGAGGACCUGGAGGAGGAUGAGGCUCUGAGGAAGAACGUUAACAUCUACAGAGAUGCAUCAAAGAUCCCAGUGGAGAGCGACACCGACGAUGACGGAGCACCACGUAUCUCGCUGAUGGAGAUGCUGGAGGAGCUCAGCCUAUCAGAUGCAACAGGAGGAGAGGGUGCCGACAUGAUGACGGACUAGCAGGUCGCCAUCUUGCCUGUGUGACACUGACAGCUGACCUGUCAAAUACAGGUCCGCUGUUGAUACAGUGACACAGUUACACACAGGGCUGAACUGACAGCAGAUUGAGGACUGAUUGACUCAAUGACACGUCAUGUUUCAUACUACAAUCAUCCACCGCUCAUCAGACGCUGAUGCAACGACUCAUUGCAGUUAAAACCCACAAACUGUGUUAUAACGGUGCCACUUAGUAACAAACGUGUUUCUAAAGUACUGUUUUCCCCCUUUGUCAUAACAUUUUGAAGUGAUUUGGAAAUGGAGUGCCUCUAGUCACUAUAUCAAAAUAAAUAUUUGUCCUAA